CUAAAAACUCGUGGACAAAUUCGAUUCGUUUACCUUUCGUUGUGUGCGUGUGUUUUAGUUACAUAUAUACGUUUCUUGACGUUGUGUAUUGGUGCGCUCCCCCCUUUGCCCCCGCCCACUGCCCUCCCAGCUCCAUCUGCAGCAACCAAAACGACACCUUCUAUGGUUUUUUCAACAAUAAAUUCGUCAAAUUACGCAAAAUAAUUCCUACAAUCAAAAUGAGCAGCUCCGAGGAAGUCUCUUGGGUUACCUGGUUCUGCGGGCUUCGCGGCAAUGAGUUCUUCUGCGAGGUUGAUGAGGAUUACAUACAGGACAAGUUCAAUUUAACUGGUUUAAAUGAACAGGUGCCCAAUUAUCGCCAGGCCUUGGACAUGAUAUUGGAUCUGGAGCCCGAGGAUGAACUUGAGGACAAUCCAUUGCAAUCGGAUAUGACCGAACAGGCAGCUGAAAUGCUUUACGGACUCAUACACGCUAGAUAUAUACUAACAAAUCGCGGCAUCGCUCAAAUGAUUGAGAAAUAUCAAACUGGCGAUUUUGGACAUUGCCCACGUGUCUACUGUGAGAGUCAGCCCAUGUUGCCUUUGGGCCUGUCGGAUAUACCCGGCGAGGCAAUGGUGAAAACCUAUUGCCCCAAGUGCAUUGAUGUUUAUACACCAAAAUCAUCGCGUCAUCAUCACACUGAUGGAGCCUAUUUUGGCACUGGUUUUCCACACAUGCUCUUCAUGGUGCAUCCCGAGUAUCGCCCCAAGCGUCCUAUUAAUCAAUUUGUUCCACGUCUGUACGGCUUUAAAAUUCACAGCUUAGCUUAUCAAAUUCAGCUGCAGGCAGCAGCCAGUUUCAAAAUGCCACUACGAGCGCUAUGUGAAGUAUCGUCAAACCGGAAGAAUCAAUCAGUGAAAUCGGAUGUCAGAAUGCCGUCAACAACAGGCACACACCCAAACAAUACACGCACACACACAAAUACCACAACUGACAACAAUUCAACAACAAACAAUCAACCAAAAACCAAUGAGAAGAAGAAGGACAAGGAGAAGGAGAAGAAGGAGGUCAAGUUGAAGAAGUCGCCUCAGUAAACUCAGUAACUAGAAGAGAGACAAGCGGCAACAAAAUCUCAAAUAAAGAUGAAGAAACACCACAAGGAUACACAAUGUUGUGAAUGAGGAAGAUCAGCAGAGAAAAUCAACAACAACAACAAAAGAAGAUAAAGAUGAAAAAGACGAUGAUGAAGUUGGCAGCGAUGGCAGCAUUCGCAAGAACUGGCCAAAUACUGCUGCCAGUGUUACCCUGCCUUAUCAAUAUCACUCACAAAGCAAUAACACGAAAACGUUCGAAUUCGAAAGUUCAAGUCGCGCACAAAAUUUCCUUUUGAUUUUCAAAGAUAAAAUUUAACGAAAUCCAUUUUGAAACUACAAAA